CGCUCUAGAAAGAUACCUGAGUUUCUGACUUGGAAUUCCAAGUUAUACGACAAUUCAAAACUAUUUUUGCCAGUCGGUGGUCAUUUUUUUCCUGAGUUCUCAGUUGUCUUGAACGCACUGAAGUCAGAGUUCUGAGUUCCCAGUUGUUUUGAAUGCAGCAAUAAACAAAACAUUUUUUUCUACCACUGUAGUGCGUUAGCUCCCUACCGCAACACUACAAGCCUAUUUGGUUCGUCACAAACUCUAAACACCCAUGUUCUGGAUAAGCCAAGCACGAAGAGGGACUAAUGGAACAGUCAAUGGAAAGGGGAAAGUGAAAUGCCCAUGAGGCCGGGCUCAGCGAGGGGAAUGAGAAAGAGAGACCAGGGUCAUGCAUCAAAGUUACACAGUCAAAUUCAAUUAGCAAAUUCGAUUAUAAAUGACAUGAACCCACCCUGGACUAAACCUUUUUUUGAGUAUUUGUUAGUGCUGAGCGAUUAACCGAAAUGUAGUUAUUUUGGGGUUUUAAACAACUAAUUAACCGACAUCAGUUUAUUAUUUGAAUACCAUUUAGUUCAUUUCUUUCUUCUCAUUCAAUUGUCUUCUUGCCUUCUCUGGUGACCCUGGGACACUACUUCCCUCAACGCCUCGGCCUGGUCAACGGGGUGGUGAUGGCAGGCAGCAGUGUUUUCUCCAUAAGCCUGCCUGCCCUGCUGGAGGAGGUGGGGACACCGCUGGGCCUCAGCACCACCUUUCAGAUCCUCAGUGCCCUCAUGCUAAUCCAGGCAGCCCUGGCAUUCUCCUUCUGCUCACGCCUUUACCACAGGAAUUUGUCCACUAACACGGCCCAGCUUUCAUCUGCCAACCUGAGCAGUGGCUGGCAGCAGGGCCUGACACAGACCAGGAGGUACUGCAACCUGGGAGUGUUUCACCUCCCUAAUUACAGGGUGUGGGCUUUUGGGGUGGCUACGGCUAUGCUGGGCAACUUUGUGCCCUACAUUUACCUGAUGAGUUUUGUGAAGGAGCAGUUUGUGGAGACGCCAGUGAAGGAGUGGGUCCUCCUGGUGUGUAUCGGGGUGACCUCCUGCGUAGGACGCCUGCUGUUUGGCAGGGUGGGAGACCUGCUCCAUGGGGCACGCAAGAUCUACCUUCAGGCAGGCUCCUUCAUGGUGCUUGGCAUGGCGUCUAUGCUGGUCCCUCUGUGUGUCAGGUUUGAGGGGCUGGUUGCAGUGUGUCUACUGCUAGGGCUGUGUGACAGCUGCGUCAUCACCCUCAUGGCCCCUGUGACAUUUGAACUGGUGGGCCCCCAGAGAGCCUCCCAGGCCAUCGGCUACCUGAUGGGCCUAAUGGCCCUCCCCAUGACCGCCGGACCCCCCCUCGCAGGGCUACUCCAUGACCACUUUGGAGAUUACCACAUGGCCUUCUACCUGGCUGGGGUUCCUCCCAUGGUCGGCGGUGUCCUACUCUUCUUUGUCCCGAAUGUUCAUCAAUGCCCGCUGGAGGGCCAGCAAGAAACCCUCCCCAGACCCAGCCCCGACCUCCAGCUAUCACCCCUGGCUCGGACUAACAGUCCCCUCCCAUCCCUGGUCACCAGCUGCCCCCAACCAGCCCUGACUAAUAGUCCCCUCCCAUCCCUGGUCACCAGCUCCCCCAACCAGCCCUAACUAAUAGUCCCCUCCCAUCCCUGGUCACCAGCUCCCCCCCAACCAGCCCUGACUAAUAGUCCCCUCCCAUCAAUGGUCACCAGCUCCCCCAACCAGCCCUGACUAAUAGUCCCCUCCCAUCCCUGGUCACCAGCUCCCCCCAACCAGCCCUGGCUAAUAGUCCCCUCCCAUCCCUGGUCACCAGCUCCCCCCAACCAGCCCUAACUAAUAGUCCCCUCCCAUCCCUGGUCACCAGCUCCCCCCAACCAGCCCUGACUAAUAGUCCCCUCCCAUCAAUGGUCACCAGCUCCCCCCAACCAGCCGUGACUAAUAGUCCCCUCCCAUCCCUGGUCACCAGCUCCCCCCAACCAGCCCUGGCUAAUAGUCCCCUCCCAUCCCUGGUCACCAGCUCCCCCCCAACCAGCCCUAACUAAUAGUCCCCUCCCAUCAAUGGUCACCAGCUCACCCCAACCAGCCCUGGCUAAUAGUCCCCUCCCAUCCCUGGUCACCAGCUCCCCCCCAACCAGCCCUAACUAAUAGUCCCCUCCCAUCAAUGGUCACCAGCUCACCCCAACCAGCCCUGGCUAAUAGUCCCCUCCCAUCCCUGGUCACCAGCCCCCCAAACAGCCCUGACUAAUAGUCCCCUCCCAUCUCUGGUCAUCACCAUCGCUGCCACAACUCAAGAAUGUUGCCAGCAGUAACCAAGUGAGAGGCCACUGCGGUGAAGACACUGACAAGUCAGAGAUCCCAUAAGAUGUAUAAUGAGUGAAGUCUUGUUCCAUGAUAUUCCAAGGGACAUUUGUUAUAAACAUCAUUAAACCACCAGUUUAAAGUU